AUGGAGGAGGAGACGACGGAAGAGGUGGAUGAGGAUAUCAUUAUGGAGGAGCUUGAAGGAACAAUUAUGAAGGUUGAGGCUCCUAAGGAGCCAUUACCCGAGGUGCAAACCUUACAAACUGAGGAAGGAGCGGGUAGUGUUGUGAGUGAGAGUGUGACAAAGAAAGAUGAUGCAAUCCAGGAGCCAAGGAACCCUCAGGGAAGUAACGAAAAACAAGUGAUAGAGAAGGUGACUGUUGGAGGAAUGCGUGGUAAUCCGAAAAUUGAAAAUAAUGGGAAAGGGAGCGAGUAUAGCGAGCAGGCUUCCCAAGUGGGAGAGCAGUCCCUAGCCAAUCCUAGGAAUACAAGCAUUUCGUCCGUAGGCGACACGAGUAGUACUGAAGGUGGGAAGCAAGAAAAAAGUAAGAAGCCACCGGCAAACCACAGGGUGUGCAAUCAAGUAAGAAAGCUCAAACAAAAGGUGCGGGGGACCUAUCCCCUUCAGGUCAUAAAUGAGAAUUCUCAGCUAUAA